UCCCAUACUAUAAAUAUAUAAUCAACAUAAUAUACUAGAAUAUCAUACGACAAUUCGUUUUUAGUAUAACUGGAAUAGGUUUGCAGAUAUUAUAUUUAAUAUUUUGUUUGAAAAUGGGAAAUAACGUAUUUUUUAAAGUUUUAUUAUUUUGCAUUACAUUAAUCAUCUUAUGCGUCUUCAACAUAUCAUCACAACAAGUGAUAAAAAAUCUUGGCUUGAACGAAGGUCAGAUAUGUCGAAAAGCCUUAAGACCUGAUCAAGAACAUGUGUGCAUGAAUACAAAUGACUGCAAAGUUUUUAAACAAAGUCUAAAAACUCGUAAUUAUCUUGAUAUAUGUAAGUUCGUUGGUUUACAACCGAUAGUUUGCUGUCCGGUAACAAAUUAUAAAGAUUUGAUUGAAAUACCAGAAAUUAAAAAUGAAAGUCCAAAAUCUGCCGAUGAAAAAUGUGAUCAAUAUAGUAGAAUAAAUGAAAAAUCCAAAUUAUCAGAGGAAGGUGUAUUUCAUCCUGCAGCCGUAGGAGGUAUAAAGGCAGAAAAACUAGAGUUUCCACACAUGGCGCUGUUAGGUUAUGGUGAAACCACAACAAAUGGAGACGAUUGGAGAUGCGGAGGUUCACUAAUAAGUGAAAGGUGGAUAUUGACUGCAGCGCACUGUCAAGAAAGUUCUGGGAUAAAAGCUCGUUGGGCCCGCUUAGGAGUCUUAGAAAGAGUCGUUAAUGAAGACAACGCAGUUCAGCCAAAGGACUAUCGAAUAGUGGAGCAUGUAAUACAUCCUGAAUAUAAACCACCUUCGUUGUACAACGAUAUAGCUCUAUUCCGAUUGGAAAGAGAUGUUGUAUUUUCCGAAGAUGUGCGACCGAUUUGUCUUAACACGGAAACGGACCUAUCCUUAACACCGUUAAAACAAAUAGCUACUGGCUGGGGGCGAAUUUCAACGGCCGGGCCAACUAGCGACAAUUUGUUAAAAGUAGAUUUGGAUAUUUUUCCGACAAAUCAGUGCAAUGAAAGUUAUAUUUCAAAUACUCAUCAAUUACAAUUCGGUAUAUUACCAGACAGGAUGAUAUGUGCUGGUUCGUUUGAUGGUGAAAAAGACACUUGCUCAGGCGAUUCGGGAGGUCCACUUCAAAUAAAAAGUGCUGAAUACACUAACAUGUAUACACAAUACGGGAUUACGUCGUUUGGAAAAUUUUGUGCUGACAAGGAUACCCCCGGAAUUUAUACUAGGGUGGCUAAAUAUAUUUCAUGGAUCGAAGAAAUAGCAUUUUCAAAUAACUGAAGAUGAUAAAAUUAAUUUAUACAAAUUAACAAAAUUUAAUUUAAUUUAAAAAACAAAUUUAUAUUCAAUAUUGUAUAACAAUUAUAUAUUUAUAUAUUGUUGCAUUGCUAACUUCCACUAACCUAUUUUAAAUAAUAUGCCUUCUUCAGAAGUAAGUUUAUCUUUUUGGCAUUAAUAUUGAUGAUUUUAAAAUCUCAAUUAUUUAAAUAUUUUCAAUCAUUGAUUUAAGCUUCAGUAGAUCAAUGUUAAAGGCAUUUAUAGAAAUUGAAAAGAAAUUACAAUUUAAGAAUACUUUAAUUUGAAUACUAACUCGUUAUUUAGGCGAGCUAUAAGUCUAGAUUAGCCCUAGACAGAAAUACAGUUUUCUUAAAUUAUACUUAAUAUAGCUACUAUAGUACCAUCUUAGUUAUUCCAUUAAAUGUAUAUAAAAUACGUGAAAUUUAUGUUUUGAAAAACCCAACAAUAAAAAUGAGUAAUGUUAAUUUUUUAUUAAACCCGUUUUCUACUCACACAUCUGCUAUAAUUGCAAUAUUAUAUUUCUAAACGCAUGUAGUA